GGGGAGUCAGGCCUGGAGCGGCUGGUGCGCGCGCUGUGCACCCCCGACUACAACGCCCGGGCGCCCCUGCAUUACCUGGGGCCAGUGCUCUCCAACCUCAGCCAGCGUCCCGCGGCGCGGACCUUCCUGCUGGACCCCGAGAGGUGCGUGGUCCAGCGGCUGCUGCCCCUUACCCAAUUCGCAGACUCCUCGGUGCGCAGGGGCGGGGUGGUGGGGACUCUCCGAAACUGCUGCUUCGAGCAUAGACACCACGAGUGGUUGCUUGGGCCCCAGGUGGACAUUCUCCCCUUCUUGCUGCUGCCCCUGGCUGGGCCUGAGGACUUCUCUGAGGAGGAGAUGGAGCGGCUGCCUGUUGACCUGCAGUAUCUGCCGCCAGACAAGCAGAGAGAGCCUGAUGCCGAUAUCCGCAAGAUGCUCAUCGAGGCCAUUAUGCUGCUAACAGCCACAGCACCUGGUCGACAGCAGGUGAGGAACCAGGGAGCCUACCUGAUCCUGCGUGAGCUGCACAGCUGGGAGCCAGAGCCCGACGUGCAGGUGACUUGUGAGAAACUCAUUCAGGUGCUCAUCGGGGAUGAGCCUGAGCCGGGCAUGGAAAACCUGCUGGAGGUGCAGGUGCCUGAGGGUGUGGAGAGGCAGCUGCAGCACCUGGACCAGCAGGAGCAGCACACCCAGGAGCAGCCAGAGGAGCUGGCCCCAGAGCCACAAGCAGAGGGGGCUACACCCACCUGAGGCCCUGGCAACCCACCACCAGCUCCAGGCCCAGCUUUACCAGCCCAUCACUUCAGGCCUUCCAGACCAGACCUUCCUGCAGCCACCUGCAGGCCUCUGGGUCUCCUUGCUCAGAGGUUGUUCCCUGCUGAAAAGCAUAGCUACACUUAUGCCCAGGGUGAGGUGUCUAGGGUGAAUGCCCAAUAAACCUGGGAGGGUCAGGGUGCCUCCUCAUGCCCUGUGCUUCGAGUAGCUCAGGUUGCUGAGACCGGCACUGGUCAGCCAGAGCUAGUCACUCUCUGUGACUCUCAGGUACCUCCAGGAAGACGGUCGAUGGGGCUGGACAGAUAACCACUACGAGCCUGAGCAGCCCCCAAGGGCACUAGAGACGUCGGGGCAUCCAUGGGCAUCCAGGUGCAAGCAGUGCCCUUUGCUGCCAGUCCCACCCUGAGUCUUCCAUUCUGGGGUCCUCAACUUGCCCUGCCUGAGAUCCAGCCUUGAAGGACUGACCUCUUGCGACCCUCACCAGCCUCAGCCUGUCCUGGGAUCUCUAGGGUUGCGGCCCCCUGGUUUGUCCUUAGAGCACUUGCUGGGUACUGUCUCUCUUUAUCCUCUCCUCCGUCCUGCUUGACCUGUGCUCCAGCACUGCCCUUAGCCCCUGGCUGGUUUCUCCCGCCCCAGACUGAUGUGAUGUGCUCGCUGGCCCCACUACCUAGACUCUAUCCUUGGUCAGUUUCCUUGAGUUUCGGAGCCCUUUGCCUAACACACAGACAGUCUUCCUGACGUACUUGCAGCCUUGCUCUUCGCCAGACCUUUUCCCUCACCACACUUUGCCCCCUUGGAGCCCCUGUGGACCCAAGAAACUUGCUCUCCUCAGCUCCUUGUGUGGGCCCCUUUGUUCUGCAGCUGCUAAGCCGAGCCUGGUAGGCUGUCCACGUGGCUCUCCCUGAACUGUGCUCCCUUCCUGGUGCCAUCUUGUGCACAGGACUCCCGAGUGCUGGCCUUCCCAGGCCCUUUGCACUCUGGCACUGGAGUGCACCCUGAUGCCCUGAGAGUUACCACACCCUCGCUCCACCCGUCCUCAGUCUUGUCACUGUCUCCAAACCUGGAGGUCCACUCCCGUUCCCCCCAUCAAGGCUGGGUGCUUCAUGGAAAUGAGAUAUCUCCUUCCUCUGUGGUACCCUCUGUAUUUUUCUUCUCCCGAUUAAAGCUCUGGCACGGA